UUUGUUGACGAACUGUUUCGAUUUUUUAAAGUAUUUUUGAUUAAAUAGAAUUAAUUAGAAUACUCGUGCUACGAAAUCUCGUAUAUUGCUACUACGAACUAAAAAUGAUAUAUAAUUGAAUACAUAAUUUACAUUUAGUACAAUAAAGCAGCCAAUGUUUUUAAUUCAAGAUGUAUUUUCCUAUCGGAUGGCCCAAAGUUCUGAAGAAUCUAGGUGCAGAUAAUCAAAUUAUCAAACAGAUCGUUUCUAAUAGAGACAAAAUAUUAUUUGCAUCACUUAGUGAUGACUGUCUCAUGGUGUGGUUUUGCAAGCCCACUGUUCCUAUAGUGUACCACAAACGGAGUGCUGAAUCUCUCCAGAGGCUUGGUGUGAAUGUCGGAGUAGAAUGGAAACCAGAUUCUUCAAUGAUAUGUAUUUCUACUUCAGAAGGACACCUAAUUCUGUAUAAUGUGGAGGGGUUAACGGAGCAAACUGCAUAUCAGCAAUAUGACCCGCCCACGGCUAGUUUGCGUCGGGAUUCCGCCGAGCUCUUUGUUAAAGAAGUUAUACCAUCGCUUAAAAUUAAAUUGUUCAAAGAAGUUCUAGUGUGGGACGGUCAAAUCACGCGCAUGUGCUGUAUAUCCGGCACGGAACUGUUGGUAUGCACGACGCGUGCGCAUCUACUGCGGUACCGUUGGGACGGCGUGCAGAAUCGGGACUACUGUCUUGACCUGGGACGUAUACCCUUCUCAAUCAACCAGCAGGUGUCUAAAGCGGAACCAAUCCUCGAAGAUAACACACAUGUAAACGACAUAGAAUACUCCCCACUGGUAUGCGGUUUUGGCAUAACGCUCAACGACGGGCGCGCGGCGUAUCUCACCGCGCCGAAUCUCAAGUUUGAUCCCAAUGCAGUCCAAGGCAUAUGGGCGCAAGGAAUUGAUGACGCGACGUGUGCUCGAGUUAACCACAAAUUCAGGCUAAUUGCUAUUGGUAGAAAAAAUUCCCAAGUUGACGUGUUUACGAUAGAUGAAGCGACCGGCGGCUUGGAACUAUCACACACAAUGCUGCUAAGUUCAAAAGAUUUCCCCGGGGAUCCGGGGCCCGUGAAGUGUGUAAGAUGGACAGCUGACGGGCGCGCAGUAGCGGUGAGCUGGGAAAGAGGAGGCGUAUCAGUUUGGAGCACAUUCGGAGCGCUACUCAUGUGUUCUCUGGCCUGGGACCACGGCCUCAGUCAGGACCGGGGCCGCCACAAUCCGCUCGUCGUGUCUAGCCUGGAAUGGGCCACAGAAGGCUAUCAGCUCUGGAUGGUGAAGGUAGAAGGAGACUCAAGUUCAAACAUUUUGCAAUUAGACUUCGUCAAAAGUCCUCUUAGUGUAAAUCCCUGUAUGAGCAAUCAAAGGCAUCUAUACCUGCAAGCUGACGACAAAUUAUACGUUAAUUUAGAAGACAAUCUGACAAGGAAGACGAAACUGUCCAUCAUAGACUCCUCAUCAGACACGUACCAAGCCGAGAACGGAAUCCAGGACAACAUGGAAUUUGACAAUAGCACAAAGUACAGGGAGUUUGUGGAUGAUAAUGAGUGCAGGAAACAGUGGAUUGUGCUCCCUUUGCCUGCCACUUAUAUUGCUACGAAUUGGCCGUUGAGGUAUAGCGCAAUAGAUGAAGCUGGCAGCAACGUAUGCGUAGCGGGGCGCACCGGUCUAGCGCACUAUAGCUGUGCGGCGCGGCGCUGGAAACUGUUCGGGAAUGAAGCCCAGGAGAAGGACUUCGUCGUCACCGGCGGCAUGCUCUGGUACCGCGCCUAUUGCGUCGUGGGUUGCUACAGCAUAUUAGACGGGCAUGACGAAAUCCGCUUCUACCCGCGCGACGCGAAGCUAGACAACAAAUUCGCGCGCAUCGUGCGCGUGCAAUCGCAAGUAUUCGUGCUGGAUAUACUGCACGACCAGCUCGUCGUAUUCGGGGCUGAUGCACUCGUCACUAUUUAUGAGCUGACUUGUCUGGAUAAUGCCGGCGGCAUCGACAUGCGCUGCGUGCAAGCGGUGGACAUCUCGGCGCUGUCGCACCCCGCGUGCGUGGUGUCGGCGUCGCUGUGCCGGCUGCAGGACUCGCCGCACUCGCGCCUGCAGCACCGCGCCUCGCAGCCCGCGCCGCCCGUGCCCACGCCCGACUCGCUGGACUCGCCGCACUCGCGCCUGCAGCACCGCGCCUCGCAGCCCGCGCCGCCCGUGCCCACGCCCGACUCGCUGGACUCGCCGCACUCGCGCCUGCAGCACCGCGCCUCGCAGCCCGCGCCGCCCGUGCCCACGCCCGACUCGCUGGACUCGCCGCACUCGCGCCUGCAGCACCGCGCCUCGCAGCCCGCGCCGCCCGUGCCCACGCCCGACUCGCUGGUAAUAAACGCCAGCGGCAAACUCAUGAUGGUGCAGAGAGAAGAGUAUGACGUAGAUGAAGACAACAAUCCGGCAUACAGCUGCCUACCCGCAACAGUUUUAGCGUCAUGCGUUGAAAGCGUCUGGGCUAGCGGUGGGGCCUCCACCUCCCAAACGCAGCUGUCCCGAGCACUAUGGCUGUGGUGUGGCGCCCUAGGGGCUCGCGUGUGGCUUCCGCUGCUGCCUCGAGACGCCUCGCGGCACCCCGACUCGUCGCGACACACAUUCAUGGCCAAACGGAUCAUGCUGCCCUUCCAUCUAGAUAUCUACCCAUUGACAAUUCUCUUCGACGACGCGAUCCUGCUGGGCGCUGAGAACGAUACCACGUUAUACGCAUCUGACUCGAACUCAGUGUUCUCGUUACCGUUCUGUGUAGUUAAUAGAACAAGCCAAGUAUACCUUCACCAAAUCCUCCGUCAACUCCUUCGACGGAACCUGGGUUACCACGCGUGGGAGAUCGCUCGCUCUUGCGCCGCGCUGCCAUACUUCCCUCACUCUUUGGAAUUGCUGCUGCAUGAAGUGUUGGAAGAGGAGGCCACGAGCAAGGAACCCAUACCAGACGCGCAGCUUCCGAGUGUCAUCGAGUUUGUGCAUGAGUUCCCCGUGUAUCUACAGACAGUGGUGCAGUGCGCUCGCAAAACAGAAAUAGCUCUCUGGGCCUACUUGUUCUCAGCGGCUGGUAAGCCCAAAGAGCUAUUCCAGGAGUGCCUUCAGAGGAAGAUGCUGGAUACAGCUGCCUCGUACCUCAUCAUUUUACAGAAUCUGGAAAGUUCGACCGUCAGCCGGCAGUUGGCCACGCAGCUUCUCGACACGGCCCUGCAGCAAGAGCGGUGGGAUCUCGCCAGAGACCUAGUGCGUUUUCUAAGGGCUAUAGAUCCGAAUGAUGUGGACUCGCCACGGAAUUCCGUCAAUGUCCAGGCAAAAUAUGGUCAGAUUGCGCAGUCGCAGACUGUCACUCCGAAUGCUGAGGAUCUCUCUGUCAUUCUUGGCAGCAUGCAGCUAUCGGGCGGACGCGGGCGCAGCUUCAGCACGACAGUGGCGCCACGCGAGCCGUCGCCGCCGGCGCCGGCGCAGCCAACGGCGCCGCCUGCGCCGGUGCCGCCGCCCGCGCGCGCCACCGCCGCCGUCAAGCGGAAAAAGUCCGUGCCCGCACGCUCCGACCGAGAAAGUUACAGCGGUACCGCAGAAGAGUUUUUCAUAGACAUGAUGAUCCAGAGACACGCUAGAGUGCUUCUCUCUUCUGCCCGACUACACGCCUUAGGCCGUUUGGCCGCGUCCUUAGAUUUACACUUAGUGGCGUGGUUAGCGGGAGAGAGAGAAAGGGCGGCGAGAGUGGAAAACGCCGUGCUGUGUAUAAAGAGGCUGCACGAAGACUUCGCGUGGCCCUACCCUGUGGUGCCUCAUGAUGCUGAUCCGUAUAUGCAGAGGAAAGGAAGCACUGUUACGAGUUCGUACAGUGCCUCAGCAGAGUCAGACAGCGUAUGUGGUGACAGUGGCUACGUCAGCCUUCAGUUGCGCGCCGCUCCUCCUCUAUCGCCCGGUCCUGUCAGUUCUGUCGGCGAGUGCAGCGUGGCGGAGGGAGGCGUGGCGUGGGACGGCGACGCGGGCGGCUCAGAGCGACGCUACGCGGCGCUCAUGGAGAAGCUGCACCACCACCAGGCCGAGCGAGGCUCGCACACUGCCCAUGUGCAGCUCAGUUACGUGGGCGAGUGCAGCGUGGCGGAAGGAGGCGUGGCGUGGGACGGCUACGCGGCGCUCAUGGAGAAGCUGCACCACCACCAGGCCGAGCGAGGCUCGCACACUGCCCAUGUGCAGCUCAGUUCUGUCGGGGAGUGCAGCGUGGCGGAAGGAGGCGUGGCGUGGGACGGCGACGCGGCGCUCAUGGAGAAGCUGCACCACCACCAGGCCGAGCGAGGCUCGCACACUGCCCAUGUGCAGCUCAGUUGCGUGGGCGAGUGCAGCGUGGCCGAAGGAGGCGUGGCGUGGGACGGCUACGCGGCGCUCAUGGAGAAGCUGCACCACCACCAGGCCGAGCGAGGCUCGCACACUGCCCAUGUGCAGCUCAGUUCUGUCGGGGAGUGCAGCGUGGCGGAAGGAGGCGUGGCGUGGGACGGCGACGCGGCGCUCAUGGAGAAGCUGCACCACCACCAGGCCGAGCGAGGCUCGCACACUGCCCAUGUGCAGCUCAGUUACGUGGGCGAGUGCAGCGUGGCGGAAGGAGGCGUGGCGUGGGACGGCUACGCGGCGCUCAUGGAGAAGCUGCACCACCACCAGGCCGAUUGCGAGGGCGAGUGCAGCGUGGCGGAAGGAGGCGUGGCGUGGGACGGCGACGCGGCGCUCAUGGAGAAGCUGCACCACCACCAGGCCGAGCGAGGCUCGCACACUGCCCAUGUGCAGCUCAGUUGCGUAGGCGAGUGCAGCGUGGCGGAAGGAGGCGUGGCGUGGGACGGCGAUGCGCGGCGCUCCUGGAGAAGCUGCACCACCACCAGGCCGAGCGAGGCUCGCACACUGCCCAUGUGCAGCUCAGGUAUGAAGACAGUUCUGUUGCCCAACUACCCUCAGUUGCGUAGGCGAGUGCAGCGUGGCGGAAGGAGGCGUGGCGUGGGACGGCGAUGCGCGGCGCUCCUGGAGAAGCUGCACCACCACCAGGCCGAGCGAGGCUCGCACACUGCCCAUGUGCAGCUCAGAUACUUCCUGCAGCUGAUGACGGAGGCGAGCUGCGUGGAGUGGGCGGCGCUGGUGGCGGUGGUGCUGCGCGACGCGCUGGCCGUGCUGCGCUGCUGCAACGCGGCGCGCGCGCACGACGUCGGCCUGCCCGCCGUGCGCCGCCUGCGCGACGCGCUGCGCGACCUCGUGGCCUGGACCGACGCCGAGUGGUGA